AUGAUGGACGUAGUUUCUCCUCUUCUGCAAGAACUGGUUUCAGACGACACAGAGACGGACCUUUAUGAGCGGCUGUCUCAGGGUUUGAGUGCAGGAAAGUACCAAGAGCUGAAAGACCAGAUCACACGCACUGUUACUGAGAAUCUGGCACCGCGGAAAGGACGCCGCAGCAGCCGCAGCAGCUGCAGGAGACUAGCAGAGGCUCACAUUGAGUCUGUCAUGGAGGACAUCAGCACAUGGCUUUGCCUCCAACUGCAGCAGGAGGAUAACCCUGUCAAGACUAGUCUCCGAAAAAUACGACGGAUCGUAGCCUCAAAGACCCAGGACCAGGAGCAGGACCAGCAGGAAAACCUCUCCACGAGUCCAGAUCCAGGACUAAAGGAAACAGCUGCGAGUGGAGCAGAGAGAGAAGUGAAGAGCAGCUUCUCCUCACAGCACUUUGCAAACACACAGACUGACACUGUGCGCUGGGGUGGGCUGCUGUAUGAAGUGUCCUCUUUAGUCUUACGCUCCACAAACAUGGACCAGGUGACAGCUUUUGGGAAAGAGUUGAUGGAACUGUUGGAGCAGGAGAAGUCCUCAUGGAACAUCCAGGUGGAGCUGAACAAAGACAGUGUGGAGACCAUUGCACAGGCCGUGUACAAAGACCUGUGCAGAUGGAGAGGAAAGAGUGCGGUGAGUCAGAGCGCCCAGCUCCUGCCCGACUACAACAUCCAGGUCCUUGAGAGCAUCCGUCGACAUGUGGAGAGGCCCCUGCAGAAGCGCACAGUGGGCUCAGUCUUCAGAUCUGUGUCACGAGCUCAGAAGGGCUUUGAACUUCACUCGGGUCGAUCUGCAACCAUGAGAGCAAUGUUGGGACUUGCCGUUUUUGUGGGACUCAUUUCUGCUGGAAGUGCACAAAAUAAAUCAGAACUCUCCCAACUUCCACUCAAACCAUUCUAUCCAGUCCAACCCACAAACCAACUGCCUGAUCCACUUCCAGUGCUCAAGCUCAGUGAACCACGCUGUUGGACCAAGUGGCUGGACCGGGACGACCCCUCAGGGGAGGGGGACUUUGAGACCCUGGCCGACCUCCUGGAGGAAUCCCCGGAUGAUGUGUGUCCCGAGCCAGUGGACGUGGAGGCCCUGACUCUGGCGGGAAAGACCCCAGCAGUUGCCGGAGAUACUGUGGUGAUGAACGUAAAUGAGGGUUUUUACUGCAAGAACAAAGACCAAAAGGACAAAAAGUGCAACGACUACAAAGUCCGCUUCAGCUGCCCUCCCGAGUUCUGCAAACCCCAAUUGCCUGAUCCAUAUCCAGUGCUCAGUGAACCACGCUGUUGGACCAAGUGGCUGGACCGGGGCGACCCCUCAGGGGAGGGGGACUUUGAGACCCUGGCCGACCUCCUGGAGGAAUCCCCGGAUGAUGUGUGUCCCAAGCCAGUGGACGUGGAGGCCCUGACUCUGGCGGGAGAGACCCCAGCAGCUGCUGGAGAUACUGUGGUGAUGAACGUAAAUGGUUUUUACUGCAAGAACAAAGACCAAAAGGACAAAAAGUGCAACGACUACAAAGUCCGCUUCAGCUGCCCUCCCGAGUUCUGCAAACCCCAAUUGUGCUGGACCCAGUGGUUUGACCGCGAUGACCCCAGUGGGACCGGGGACUGGGAGACUCUGGCUGAUCUUCAGAAACAGAAUCCAAAGCAGAUCUGUGACCGACCACAGCAGAUCGAGGUGGUGACCACGGUGGGGGAGCAUCCCGCCCUCUCCACCAAUCAGCAGUCCCUAUUCUACAUAUUCAAUCCCCUGGAGGGCUUCGUCUGUAAGAACAGCAAGACCCAGCGCUGCCUCGACUACAAGGUGCGCUUCGCCUGCUGCUGCGAGGACAAAGGACCCAAACCCUAG